AUUAGCUGAGGCGAAGCGAUAACAAUAAUGGCUCCGUGCUGUUUUUGUUUAUACUUGAAGUUUCACUGAAGCUGUUUCUGUAAAAUAUAAAUAUAAUUAAAACUGUAAAUGAUGAAGAGCGGAGUGACUGAAUAAAGUAAAGAUUAUUUUAGUUAUAGCGUCUCAUCCAGACUGGGAUUCAUCUUCUUACCAUGUUGCAUUGAAGUGUUUCACCUCACUUGCGUGUUCUUGGACUGUGGGAGGAAACCGGAGGCACCCGAGGAAACCCACACAGACACGGGGAGAACAUGCAAACUCCACCUGGGAAUCGAACCCAGGACCUUCCUGCUUCGACUAAAGUGGAGCGACGGGACAGAAGCGAGUCCAGGACGAGCACGAAGGAGAGAAGACGAUCCAGCAGUCGAGGAAGAGACGAGAGGAAGAGGAAACGCAGCCGGAGCAGAUCCUCGUCUGUCAGUUCUUCAUCAUCGUCGUCUUCUUCGUCAUCUUCUUCUUCGUCUUCAUCGUCACGUUCCUCGUCCAGCAGUAGCUCGUCAAGCAGCAGCAGCUCCAGUAGCAGCGAUUCUUACCGAAAAAAGAGAAAAACCUCAAAGAAAGGAAAGAAGGAGAAAUCUGGGAAAAAGAAGCAUAAAAAAGAAAAAGCGCGCAAACGGAAGAAGGAGAAAAAGCACAAGGGGGGAGAUGAAGACACUUCUGGUCCCGUCCAGAUUUCUAAGUACCUGAAGGAGAAGAAGCGCAGUGGAAAGUUCAGCAUGAUCUCAGGGAAGAAGAUCAAAAUGAAGGUGAAGAAAUCAAAGAAGGACAAACAGAGAGAUAAAAACCGUGCCGAGCUGCUGGAGUUCCUGAACUCUACGUACUGAUUCAGACUCUCUGCUUCUGUUUUUCCGUCAUUGUUUGAUGUUUUGUUUUGUUUUUUAUUUUUAUUUAAUUUUUUACUUCCGUUUCUCGGCCGGUCAGCUCUCAGGGACGGUGUGUGUGACGUCCUGUAAUGAACGGACAGCACUGUGGCGCUUCGUAAUCCUGAUGUGAAGUGGUGGUGGUGGCGUCCACGUUCCUCCAGUGUUCCUAAUGUCCACAUGACUCCUGAUCUGUGCAGUUUUACAUGGACUUUAUUCAUUUCUUCUUUAUUUACUUUCCGCUACUACACCGGUCAGGGAAAAGGCUGCAGGCCUCCCACACUCUCUCCGACACUUCUGAGACUUUACGGUCUCUCCUGAGCAGACACUAGGGGUCGCUGUUGUUGCAGCAACUUGACUGCCUUGUACAGAGUAAUUAUAGCUCAUAUCUGGCAACCCUGGUCAUACUGGUACCACAAUCACUGAAACAAACACAGGACAUCCAAUACCAGCAAACGAUGUGUGUUAAGUGCCUGACCAGGGUGUUGAGGGCGGCAGGGUUGCUUUGAACCGCUCCACCAUCCGAGCACGUGUUUUGAACGUUACAAAGAGCUAGCUUGGGCAUCUUAACACCUACUGACCAAUCAGCAAACUCGAAAUCCACACAUUCCAGGAUCAAACACCUCCAGAAUAUUACAGAGAAGAAACCUGGAGAGGAACCAGGCACUGACGAGAGCGGAUGAAGUGUUUUGUCCACCCGUAGCACCACGUUCCAGACAUUUUCAAACACGUUCUGACUUGUACAGACAUGAACUGUUUACACACGGUAGAAAAAGUGCAGCCGACUUUGCAGCAACAGUUUAGGGAAGGUCCUUCCCUGGUCCAGUGUGGCUGUGCCCCUUGUGCACAAAGACAUGCAACAGAGCCCUGACCUCAGCUCCACUCAACAGCUCUGGGAUGAACCGGAACCCGGCCACACGAAUGCUCUUCUGUAAUACUAAAUGGGCACAAAUUCCCAUACUACAAACAUACUACAAAGUGCUGUGGGAAGCUUCUCAGAAGAGCGGCUGUUCUAGCUGAAAUGGUCACACAUACUGUACAUCACUCUGAUUAAAUACCUCUGUUUCAAUAAAGCUCACGGUCAGGUGUCCAAAUA